AAAAUACAUGCUGGGUUGCAUAUUUUAUGAAAUAUUGAGAUAUAUUCUAUUAUUCUCAGGCUGAAUGCUCCCCACGCCGGACAGCCGGACGAUUUCAUGUCCUCCUAUUUUAUGCAUUUGCAUACACAUAUGCACUGCAAAAUGGAAACGCACACAUCGAGUGGUCAACGAGUAGGAAAAUGGAAACAAAAGAUUUAAGAAGAAUAUGAAAGGGAGGAGAACAAAGGCAAUGCGAAGAGGCAGCGAGGUCAGCAAAACUGUGGAUUAAAAAGUCACCAAGAAAUUCUUCUCGUAUAUAUGUUCCCUUCUUGGCACCAUCCAGUUGCCUGUUGCUGCAACGGGCAUUUUCGUGAGCGCGCUCAUUCGCUCAACUCUUGUCUCCUUGCGUAGAGUUGAAGCCAUCGACGGCGAUGCAGGAGAAGCAGCAAUUGAUCGUGGUGGUGGAAGGAACGGCGGCCAUGGGCCCCUUCUGGAACAUCAUCCUCUCCGAUUACCUCGACAAGAUCGUUCGGUUCUUUCAUGGGACUGAACUGACGGGCCAGAUUUCUAGUGGAAACGUUGAACUUGCAUUGGUAGUGUUCCAUGCUCAUGGACCCUAUGCUGCAUGCUUGGUGCAAAGAAGUGGCUGGACAAGAGACCUAGAUGUAUUUAUGAAUUGGUUGUCAUCAAUAACAUUUACGGGCGGUGGCUUCAGUGAAUCUGCUGUAGGUGAAGGGCUAGCUGAGGCAUUAAUGAUGUUUCACUCUGCAAACUUGAACCAGUUGCCUCAAGCUGUUGAAAUACAAAAGCAUUGCAUUCUGAUAGCUGCUAGCAAUCCCCAUCCACUACCUACACCUGUUUCACUGCCAACUACUCAAGAGUUGGAGCAGAAAGAAAAUUCCGAAGUGAAAGCAGAAGGUCGUCUUUGUGAUGCCGAGGCAGUUGCAAAGGCAUUUGUGCAGUGCCAGGCCUCUUUGUCAGUUGUCUCACCGAAACAACUUCCAAAGCUAAAAGCAAUAUACAAUGCGGCCAAAAGAAGCUCCAGAGUUGCUGAAGCAGCUGUAGAAAAUUCUAAAAACCCACAAUUUCUUCUUCUUUUAUCUGAUAGUUUUGUGGAGGCACGUGCUGCCCUAAGCCGAUCUGGAGUGGCUGGACUCACUAGCAACCAAAACCAGCCGAAGUUCGAUUCUACAAAUGUUCCGACAGCCAUGAUCUCAGCGCCUCCAGCAACUUCCAUUUCCUCAGUCCAUGUACCAGCUAUGAAUCGAGCACCUCUUACUGGCGGGCUUAUUCCUCCGGCAAUUGUAAAAGUCGAACCAAAUACCUCAUCAUCUUUGGGACCUGGGCCCACAUAUCCACAUGUAAAGCCAACUAUCCCCCAUGGAGCCUCUCCUGUUUCUAGCAUGCAGGCGUCAUCACCAGCUGUGACCUCCCAAGAGCAAACAACUAGUGCUGAUAAUGCACAAGAACUCAAGCCUAUAGUGGGUGGCAUUUCUCAGGGUAUGCGUUCUGUGGGUUCAGCUGCUGCAAAUGUGAAUAUUCUCAACAAUCUUUCUCAAGUUCACAAGGUGAUGACUUCAGCCUCUCUAACUGGACCAAGUUCCAUGGGGAUUCCUACACUUGGUGGAACACUCAUGGCAAUGCACAUGUCAAGUAUGCUCUCUAAUGGAAUGUCAUCAGCUCCAGCAGCUCCUGCACAAAAUGUUUUCCAAACUACACAAUCUGUCAUGGCAUCAAUGGCUGGGGCCACAACAUUGGGUGGAACUGCACAGGUUUCGCAAAAUGUAGCACAAGGUUCAUUACCAUCUGCUCCUUCUAACCUACCUGGAAACACAAGCAUUGGCUCACCUCCCUUAGCGAAUAUGCCAGGAGUUGUUGGUAUGAACCUUCCUGCUUCUGCUGUUGGUCAUGGUAAUCUGCCUUCAGGAACACAGAUUGGACCAGGUGCAAUUGGGAUGAACCAAACUGUAAUGGGUGGUUCCGGUACCACAAGUUUACCUUCUGGUGCAGGAACAAUGAUUCCCACACCUGGUUUGUCUCAACCAGGGGUACAUUCUCUUGGUGUGAACAACAAUUCAUCUGUUAAUAUGUCAAUGACCCAAUCUUCGGCAGCUAUGCAACAACAGAGUAAAUAUGUUAAAAUCUGGGAGGGAGCACUAUCUGGUCAAAGGCAGGGGCAACCAGUCCAUAUAUGUAAACUAGAGGGGUACAGACAUGUCAACUCAUCAGAGUCGUUAGCUUCCGACUGGAAACCAACAAUGCAAAUAGUUCGACUCAUAUCUUCAGAUUAUAUGAAUAACAAGCAAUACCUUGGGAAGUGUGAUUACUUGGUUUUCAGAGUACUUAAUCAGCAUGGAUUUCUCUCUCAGCUACAAGAGAAAAAGCUUUGUGCUGUAAUUCAACUGCCUUCUCAGACUCUGCUUCUUUCAGUUUCUGAUAAACCAAGCCGCUUGAUUGGGAUGCUUUUCCCUGGGGAUAUGGUCGUUUUCAAGCCACAACCCUCCAGUCAGCAGCAACAGCAGCAGCAGCAACUGCAGCAACAAUCACAACAGCAGCAGCAGCAGCUGCAGCAACAGCCGCAGCAGCUGCAACCUCAACAACCACAGCAGCUGCAACAUCAGCAACAGUUGCAACAACACCAGCAGCAACAACAGCUACAGCAACAACAGCAACAGAUACAACAGCAUCAACAACAGCAACAAAUGCAACAGCAUCAGCAACAACAGCAACUGCAACAGCAUCAACAGCAGUUACAACAUCAGCAACAACAAAUACAACAGCAUCAGCAGCAACAGCAACUGCAACAGCAUCAGCAGCAGCAGCAGUUACAACAUCAGCAACAACAACUACAACAGCAUCAACAGCAACAGCAGCUACAACAUCAACAACAGCAGCAACAGCAAAUGGUUCCCACAGCAAUGAAUCAAGCGUUUGUUCAAGGGCAAGGAAGAACACAGAUGUUAUCACAGGGACAAAUGCUAUCACAAGCUCCACAAAACAUGCCUGGAGGUGGUUUCUUGUCCUGAAUGUUAGUGAAGUAAAAGAUUGGUCUCUUACCUGCCAACAACACUUGAACCCAUCUUAAGGUAACAUGAGUAAUGCAUAUCAUGCAGCAUUUGGAAUGUGAAAAUAGAAGGGUUCAGGAAGGGGACCAAAUUUUGAUAAUUGUGGACAAUGUUGCAAGGCAUGCUUCAUGAAUGUAAAGUUUUGGGAAUGUACAUAACAUAUGGAACGUGGGCAUGUAACCAUUUAAGCGUCUGGAAAUAUUGAAGACUCACAGUGAUCACCAACGAUUGUUGCAUAAAAAAAAUCUUCUGAAGUA